AUGCAGCUGCCUCCGGUGGAUGUCCUGUUGGGUUGGCCGACUCCGAAUUACAUCGACCCGGAAACGCGCGGCCCUGCGCUCCUCAUCGUCAACAGCAUCCUCAUCGCACUAACCAUCCUCGUUGUGAUUGCGCUGAUCAAGAGGUGGUUCGGUAUUGACGAUAUCUUCAUCCUCUUUGCGCUGCUCUUCACCUGCGGCCUCACUGCUGUCGUUCUCCUGGCAAACCUCCGAUAUGGAUGGGAUAGGUAA